UCCGCUGCUCUGAUUAGAUAUACUGAUUCCUCCUUUCAAUGGACGUCAUUUAAGCGCAGAGUCCUGCCUUGAGUUGCGUCCUCCGCUUCACGCCUGAUUUCCGAACCAGUCUUUUUCCUCCCUCUUGUUGUUAUUUAGUAUUGCUCUAAUAUUAAUAGUCAUGAGUGCGUCCGAUUAGGAGUGCGAGAGGGAGACGAAGAAGCGGCUCUGGUGCUAUAAUGAGCUCAAGCAGGAGGACGGCUGCAUUGUGAUAGAAGCCAGAGGGACGAGAGAAACUUUUUGAGGCGAAAAUCCGAAAAACCUUCGUUGUUCAGCGCCAGAUGAAGGGCAGUGGGGAUUUUACCUUUCGUUUCUGAUGGAUUAUUGUCCUGCUGCGGCGCGCAUCUGAUCGCUGGGCCGUCGCGAUCUUGCAGAAGACACAUUUUGUUUUUGUGGGAGAUUUCGGUCGUUGUUGCUGUUGGUCAAAGCCAUCGCUCGCACCAGCUCCCUGAAACACGCACAAGUGUGUAGAGAACUUUCCCUUUAGAGCACCAAAAAAAUCAGUACCAUGUUAGUGCACAGUUUUUCCGCGAUGGAUCGUCAUGACGGCACCAGCAAUGGGACAGCCAGGCUACCUCAGCUGGGCGGCGUGGGCCAGAGCCCCUACACGAGCGCGCCUCCGCUCUCCCACACACCCAACUCGGACUUCCAGCCUCCGUACUUCCCUCCGCCCUACCAGCCUAUCUACCCGCAGUCUCAGGACCCUUACUCACACGUCAACGACCCCUACUCACUCAACUCUCUACACGCACAGCCGCAGCCGCAGCACCCGGGAUGGCCGGGUCAGAGGCAGAGUCAGGAAAGCGGCCUGCUGCACCAGCACCGCAGCUUGCCCCAUCAGCUGUGCCGGGAGUACCGCAGGGAGGUGCUGCUGCCGUCCGGACACGGCAUCGACACGGGACUCUCGGACUCUAUCCCUAUCCAUGGAAUACCUCACUCAUUAGAAGAUGUUCAGGCCGUUGAGGAUCAAGGAAUCCACAUUCCCGACCAGACUGUAAUUAAAAAAGGUCCAGUGUCUUUAUCCAAGAACAACAACGUGUCCAUCCCCGUUAAUAAGGAUGGUCUUUUCGGUGGGGUAGUAAACCCCAAUGAGGUUUUUUGCUCGGUUCCGGGUCGUUUGUCGCUGCUCAGCUCCACAUCAAAGUACAAGGUCACGGUGGCCGAGGUGCAGAGACGCCUCUCACCGCCUGAGUGCCUGAACGCGUCGCUGCUGGGCGGGGUGCUGCGGAGGGCCAAGUCUAAAAACGGUGGGAGAUCCUUGAGGGAGAAGCUGGAUAAAAUCGGCUUGAAUCUACCUGCGGGCAGACGCAAGGCAGCUAACGUCACCUUGCUGACGUCACUCGUAGAAGGCGAAGCCGUGCAUCUUGCCAGAGACUUUGGUUAUGUCUGUGAGACUGAGUUUCCAGCCAAGGCAGUAGCUGAAUAUGUAAACCGUCAGCAUUCCGAUCCAAAUGAACAAGUCCAAAGAAAAAACAUGCUAUUGGCCACAAAGCAAGUGUGCAAAGAGUUCACAGACCUGUUGUCGCAGGACCGCUCGCCUUUGGGAAACUCACGGCCGCAGCCGAUCCUCGAACCGGGAAUCCAGAGCUGCUUGACCCACUUCAGUCUCAUCUCACACGGCUUCGGCACGCCGGCCUUGUGUGCGGCAGUCACGGCGCUGCAGAACUAUCUUACCGAGGCAAUCAAAGCCAUGGACAAAAUGUACCUCAACAACAACCCCAACAGUCACUCAGACAACGGCACUAAAGGCGGAGACAAAGACGAGAAGCACAGAAAGUGACGCCACCAUCUGCUCCCAGGGCCCACAUUUUCACCUGCUCCAUGCUCCCGCUCCCACCCACGUCCACUCAGUAUAAAUAUUAUAAAUACCAUAUAAAUACUAUUGAUAAAGUUGACCGUGCCACUUCCGCACCUGUUUUGCGUCUUUCCUUUUUACGCACCACUUGUUUGGAAUCACAAGAGGCCAUCCUCGUCUUCUUCUUAUAAAAAAUAAAAAGAGAACGCUGCAAAGGAACAGCUCCAGGAAGGAAAACAUUUUGUUGUUGCCUCAGACAGAGAGAACUUUUUUAUGAACUCUCCCCUCUUUAUUUUUAUGAGCUACAAAGACUGAAAUCAUUUACUUCUCAAUUUGCUGAUUGUGACACGGACUCAACACGCAAGAAAAAAGCUCAACACGGAUGAAUUCUUAUCAGUAUUGUGAAUAAAAAUGAACUUUCCAACAGGUCUCCAUCAGCUGUUCUCCUCCAAGUGACCAACUUGAACUUUUUUUUUGAAUUUCAACACGAUUCGCAGUUAUAUAAGGGAAUCAGUGUUCAUGUAUGUAUAUAUUUAUUUAUGUGUAAUUUAAUGGGAAUUGUAAAUAUGGUGCGUCUGUUCUUUUUUAUUUAUCUGGUGCCUCCUUGUUUUAGUGGGUUUUGACUCUUUGGUUAGUUCUUCAUGUGAUUUUAUUGUUCUUAGAAAACCUGAAGUUUUUGGGGUAUUUUUUUUAUUUCUCUGGGAUCUAUUUCACUUCAGCCCUCUUGUAGCAUGUUGAGGCGACAUUGAAGCAAAGUGAACAAAUUGACCACAAAUAAAACUCGUAUCUCUCUCUCUGAAUAUCAUCCCGUUUAUUUGACACCGCGAGAGGUUGAUUUGUUUAUAUUUUUAUACAAGCUUGUGUGUUGUGCCAAUCAGAACUCACCUCUUGUUCUCUCCUCGAAAGCACCAUAACAGCAAUAAAUGCUUGUCUUUUUUAAAUGUUCGAUUCAAAAGAAACACGUUUUCAUGGGACCACGUGAUUAUCUUCUUGUCCUGUCCGAAGUGUCCAAAAUUGGAGGCGGUUUUAGCUGUAUUGUAUAGACACAUGUGCUGGCAAUAGUUCCCAUGCCUGUCAAUGUAUUAUAGUCCUUUGUUGCCCAGAAAAAAAUAAAUAUUUGAUACGCUUCAUCUCGAUUUUAUUCAUAUCAUUUAAUUUUUGAUUCUCUGGCUGUUUUCUUUAACUUUGGGAGUCGUGCUUGUGUUUUUUCCCGGUUUCAGCUGCUACAGUAAUUGAGUUUAAGUCUCCCUUGACAGUUGCUCUUUGCAAUAAGCAGCUGAACUCAUUGUUUCCCUCAAGUAUAAUAAAAAAAUCUGACUUUAAACUUGGUAGUUCAGAGCGCAGGAUCCAACACAGGCCAAAUGGCACAACAAUAAUAGUGAGAUGCGCGUUUGAAGUGCGCAGCGCCACCCUACAGCUAAAACCCUCUGAGAUGUAUAUGGGCCUGGUGUGCAGUGUUUGCUUGUUACAGACUAUAUUUGGAUCUUUAUUCAAAGACACGCAUCAAAUAUUUGUGCUGUUGUCUGGCUGUGUAAUCAAUGAGCAUCGUGUCUCACUCUGGUGGAUGUUUAUGUGUGUUCCGAGUGUAAUUACAAUUAUAACGAAUAUUCUCCUAACGUGCCUUUGUCUGGCCCUUG